AUGCCGGAGCCAGGGGAGUGCACAGACCCACCUCGGAAGGUGACCAAGGACGAUGUCACCAUCUCGUUCGCCCGGAGCGGCGGUGCGGGCGGGCAGAACGUCAACAAGGUGAAUACGAAGGUCGACAUGCGACUGCAUCUCGAGCGGGCAUCGGACUGGCUGCAUCCGUGGGUGGCUCGGCGGCUGAUGGUGCUGGAGAAGAACAGGGUGAACAAAGAUGGCGAGCUGGUGAUCCAGUCGAGCAGGUUCCGCACGCAGUCGCAGAACGUGGACGACGCGCUGGAGAAGAUGCAGGCGUGCCUUAACCGCGCUUCGAAGUUGCCCCAACAAAAGGCGAACAAGACCGCGAAGAAAAAGCUGGUGAAACAGGCGGAGAAAGCCAACAAGGUGCGACUGGAGAACAAGAAACGCGGGUCCGACAAGAAAAAACUGCGAAACAAGAAGAACAUCGAGUGGGACUAA